AUGGAAUACAGUUCAAAAACUGCCUACGAACAUGAAUUUCAUAGAAAUUUUGUGUGUAUCGUAUAUCCUGGAAUUGUGCGCAACCCAGAUCGCAUGGUGGAAACAUUGGGAGGUAUCCGCGAAAUAAGUACCACAUUCGGACAAGAGAAACGGCGACUAGAGCUCCGAUUUCGCCCGGAUUGCAUUUACUCCAAACCUGCGUAUGGUGAUGGACGGCCAACGACUGGGCUUGUCCUGAAGGUGAAGGUCCAACGUAGAAAAUCACAACCAGAGUACAGAUCCAUCAAUUCGGUCAAGAUUAUGGGCUGUGUUCGACGGUGCUACAAUUUCGAUUCACUGUGCGACUUUCAACAGUUACCCGCGUUUCGUAUGCCAUCGAGCGGGAAAGUCGAAUGCGUGUACAAUGAAAUUGUUCCGAAGGGAGUCAACACUGCAAGUCCUUUCGAAAAGUCGGCGAACGUUCCAUUUUUUUUACCGCCCAUUAACUUCAGUCGUAGCGAUUCGAUGAAUACGUUCGUAUUGCGCGAGCCAAAGAAAACCAGAAUGUCGUCGAUCGAUAGCGGUUACCGACGACGGCGACAAAAGUACGGUAUCUAUAACACAUUUUCGCUGACCGACCCCAUUCCAGAAAAAGCCACCGUGCAGGCGCUGCAAAUGCUGACAAAAAAAGUCGUUACAGGACAGGAGUUGGAUAAGGUACGGGCCGCUUUUAAGACCCGUCCCAUAUGGACAAAGAAUGCACUGAUCAAUGUUAACAAGCUCGAGUUUAGCCCUCAAACACUGGGUGUCAUUCUACCGUCCAUCGCUUUCUACUACGUGAACGGUCCUUGGCGUGGUACCUGGGUGCGUUAUGGAUACGAUCCACGGAAGCACUUCGAGGCACGCGUCUAUCAGUUACUGGACUUUCGCGUGCGUUCCAUCGGUUCGGUACACGAGUGCAUCAAAAUUAAGCGUCUAUCGCUUACUAAAGUGAACUACCGCAUGGCGGAAUCGGUGUCGCUUUAUAAGGACGAUGAGCAGAAUUUCGUCAACAGUACGUUCGAUGAAGAUACCGUUCCACCGUAUCGCGUGAUAUACUAUCAGUACUGUGACAUUCAUUUGAAAAAGAUUCAAGAGAUGCUGAAAAAAGUCCCCUCACCCAAGAACGGGACGGUGUGCGACGAGCGCAAUGGGUGGCUACCGUACCGGUUUGACGAUCAGUGUCGCAACAUCAUGAUGGAAAUUGUGCUGAACAACAUACGGAGACUGAGCGAAGAAAACCCGGAAGUAUGCAGCGCAAUGGAAUCGGUGGAAGAGGAUGACGAUGAGGAGGCUGAUGAGGGUGAGAUGUCAGGAUUCGAGGACGAUGAAGUGGAAGAAUUGGAAGGCAAUAUCGAUUCGAUGGACGAUUCCAUUACGGAUUAA